GAGGAAGUGGACUCAAACCAUUUUUCCAGGAAAACACACAAACAGUGAGUAUUAUCUUUCUGCACAGCGUCCAUAUCCCCCGUUUGGAUGUGUUGCUCUUAAAGAAGAAGAAAGUGGGGACCCUGAUGAGGAGACUCACAAUGGGAGAGAAAGUAUGAUAGAGGGUGUGCCAAAGAAAAGGUAGAAGGAGCCACAAAGAAGCUUAAACAGUAGAAUCGAGUGAGGUGAGAAUCAGGUGCGGUGAUGGCGGCGUGGCUGGGCCGCCUCUCUCUGGGCGACGCCUGGUUCAACAUGUACUCCCGCCUGCUGAGGACCAAGCCGAUGGGCUCCAUGGCUCACGGCUCCGAUGACCUCACCGAGCUCGGGGAGGGCUCGGGGAUCGGGCUGGCUAAGGUCCUGACCACCGUGGACCUGGUGUCCCUCGGGGUGGGCAGCUGUGUCGGCACUGGAAUGUACGUGGUCGCCGGGCUGGUAGCCAAGGCGAUGGCCGGGCCCGGGGUCAUCCUGUCAUUUAUUAUAGCGGCGAUGGCCUCCAUACUGUCAGGUGUGUGCUACGCAGAGUUUGGGGUCCGAGUCCCGAAGACCACGGGCUCGGCCUACACCUACAGCUACGUGACGGUCGGGGAGUUUGUGGCGUUUUUCAUUGGCUGGAACUUAAUCCUGGAGUAUCUGAUCGGCACGGCGGCGGGGGCGUCAGCUCUCAGCAGCAUGUUCGACUCUCUGGCCAAUCACACCAUCAGUAACUACAUGAUAACACACCUGGGCACGCUCCGAGGACUCGGUAAGGGUGAGGACACAUACCCCGACCUGCUGGCCCUGUUUAUCGCGCUCUUGGUCACCGUUAUCAUCGCUCUGGGUGUGCGUAACUCGGUGGGCUUCAACAACGUUCUGAACGUGGUCAACCUGGUGGUCUGGGUCUUCAUGAUCAUCGCCGGACUCUUCUUCCUUUCAGCUAAAAACUGGGAGAGCGGAAACUUCCUGCCCUACGGCUGGUCAGGGGUGAUGCAAGGUGCAGCGACAUGUUUCUACGCCUUCAUCGGAUUCGACAUCAUUGCGACAACCGGAGAGGAGGCGAAAGACCCGAACACCUCGAUCCCGUACGCCAUCACCGCCUCGCUGGUCUCCUGCCUCACCGCAUACGUGUCGGUGAGUGUGAUCCUGACGCUCAUGGUUCCCUACGAGCUGAUCGACAGCUCCGCUCCUCUCAUGGAGAUGUUUGCGGUGCACGGCUUCCUGUGGGGGAAGUACAUCGUGGCGGUGGGCUCCAUCGCUGGGCUCACGGUCUCUCUGCUGGGCUCUCUGUUCCCCAUGCCCAGGGUCAUCUACGCGAUGUCCCAGGACGGCCUGCUGUUCAGGUGCUUGUCCCACGUGUCUGUGCUCACACACACUCCGGUGGUGGCGUGCGUGGUGUCAGGGAGCCUCGCUGCAGUCCUCGCUCUGCUGGUGAGCCUGCGGGAUCUGAUCGAGAUGAUGUCCAUCGGCACGCUGCUGGCCUACACUCUUGUGAGCGUGUGUGUGCUGUUGCUACGAUACCAGCCAGACGAAAACAUAGACACACACCAGUUCACCUCCCCGGACGACGGGGGCGACCUGAACAACGCAGAGGUCCCGACGAAAGACGACCACAUGCUGAUCGGAGACGGCGACGGGUCAGCUUCCUACCACACGGGAGGGACUGAAGGAGAGGGGGACGACUCUGAUUUCCACACAGGCCGCGCCUCCCUGCUGAAAAGGAUUCUGGGAGGUCACUACUACACCCUGCGACUGCGGUUGGGGAUUCCCAGUGCGUCUGCAAGGCCCACCCCCGCCACGGGCCGCACAGUCACCCGCUGCACCCUCCUCUUCUUCAUCACCUCCUUCCUCCUCUGGUCAACCGUCAUAUUCGGCGUUGAGCAGGGAGCUGGUGCCGCGGCGGUGUUUUCGGGCCUCAUGGCUACACUGAUGGCAGGGUCCUUGGUGAAGCUUUUAAUAGUGAUCAUACAGCAGCCGGAGAGCGGGAUGAAGCUGCCCUACAUGGCGCCAUGUGUGCCCUUCGUCCCCGCGGCGGCCAUUUUGGCCAACAGCUACCUCAUGCUAAAACUUUCUCCGCUCACCUGGGCUAGGUUCACCAUCUGGUGCUUCAUAGGUCUGCUGAUCUACGGAUGUUACGGGGUGUGGCACAGCACUCUGGAGCUAAACGCCCGUGAGCAGCAGGCUCACGCCAGUUCCUACCAGCGCUACGAUGACAACCUGGACGCCUUCUCUCCUGAGGAAAUCCUCCCCCCCCAGGACCAGGAAGAGAGGCCCUACCAGGGCUGGUCCGCCCCCGAGGAGAGAGGGAACAUCCAGCAGGAGGACCAGGAUGGAGAGCAGGAGCAGUAUGAGGGGGAUGGGGAUGGAUACCAGUCCAGCAGAGGAAAGACCAAUCAUGGCUUUAAGGAAGAGGACUGAGAACCCUGUGGUAUCACUUUAAACUUUGAAAGUGCCGUCCACAUGAGACACUGUUACUUUAAUAGUUUCUGCUCAGCUCAAAACCUGGUUUGGAUCAGAGGAUACAAGGGAAACCUCCCAUCACAGAUGUUUCUUUGCAACGGCUGCCGUUAAUUCUUAUUUUUUCACAAUUUUGUCCCACAAACGUCUAUCCCGUUUCUUUCCUUAGUUUGCAUGUUUGUGUGAGACUCAGUGGUGUUGCGGUGGUGUUGCAAUUCAAAACUUCCCUGUAAGAGAAGCACAAUAGCUUUUUAACAGAACUACUUUAACCCAAGUUGCUCUUUUAUUUUUUAGAAGCAUUUUUGCUGAAGAUAAGAAUAAUUUGUAUGCAAUUCAGUCUGGAAACAUCUCAUCACUCACAUACAUUGUUUUCAAGACCCAAGUUUAAAGAAAAUAACUUGGUUUGGCUUUGUAGAGCUCCUUAUAUUCUCAGAUAUUUAAGCAGAACUGUUUCUAACAUCAUUAGCAGAGUCAUGUGGAGUAAAAGAAAUAACAAAGUUAAGGAAAAUAUGGCCGCCAUUCUCAAGCCUUCCUCUUCUCUUACCCCUUGUCUUGGUGAAUUUUGAUUCACCCAGAAAAACCCAUUUAGGUCUGUCCUAGCAGUAAAAGAGUUAUUAUCACCAAAAUAAAUCGUUGACCAUCAAU